AUGCCGAGGCGGAGACCAGAGAAGGCAAGGGAAAGAAGGCAAGGGAAAGAAGGCAAGGGAAAGAAGGCAAGGGAAAGAAGGCAAGGGAAAGAAGGCAAGGGAAAGAAGGCAAGGGAAAGAAGGCAAGGGAAAGAAGGCAAGGGAAAGAAGGCAAGGGAAAGAAGGCAAGGGAAAGAAGGCAAGGGAAAGAAGGCAAGGGAAAGAAGGCAAGGGAAAGAAGGCAAGGGAAAGAAGGCAAGGGAAAGAAGGCAAGGGAAAGAAGGCAAGGGAAAGAAGGCAAGGGAAAGAAGGCAAGGGAAAGAAGGCAAGGGAAAGAAGGCAAGGGAAAGAAGGCAAGGGAAAGAAGGCAAGGGAAAGAAGGCAAGGGAAAGAAGGCAAGGGAAAGAAGGCAAGGGAAAGAAGGCAAGGGAAAGAAGGCAAGGGAAAGAAGGCAAGGGAAAGAAGGCAAGGGAAAGAAGGCAAGGGAAAGAAGGCAAGGGAAAGAAGGCAAGGGAAAGAAGGCAAGGGAAAGAAGGCAAGGGAAAGAAGGCAAGGGAAAGAAGGCAAGGGAAAGAAGGCAAGGGAAAGAAGGCAAGGGAAAGAAGGCAAGGGAAAGAAGGCAAGGGAAAGAAGGCAAGGGAAAGAAGGCAAGGGAAAGAAGGCAAGGGAAAGAAGGCAAGGGAAAGAAGGCAAGGGAAAGAAGGCAAGGGAAAGAAGGCAAGGGAAAGAAGGCAAGGGAAAGAAGGCAAGGGAAAGAAGGCAAGGGAAAGAAGGCAAGGGAAAGAAGGCAAGGGAAAGAAGGCAAGGGAAAGAAGGCAAGGGAAAGAAGGCAAGGGAAAGAAGGCAAGGGAAAGAAGGCAAGGGAAAGAAGGCAAGGGAAAGAAGGCAAGGGAAAGAAGGCAAGGGAAAGAAGGCAAGGGAAAGAAGGCAAGGGAAAGAAGGCAAGGGAAAGAAGGCAAGGGAAAGAAGGCAAGGGAAAGAAGGCAAGGGAAAGAAGGCAAGGGAAAGAAGGCAAGGGAAAGAAGGCAAGGGAAAGAAGGCAAGGGAAAGAAGGCAAGGGAAAGAAGGCAAGGGAAAGAAGGCAAGGGAAAGAAGGCAAGGGAAAGAAGGCAAGGGAAAGAAGGCAAGGGAAAGAAGGCAAGGGAAAGAAGGCAAGGGAAAGAAGGCAAGGGAAAGAAGGCAAGGGAAAGAAGGCAAGGGAAAGAAGGCAAGGGAAAGAAGGCAAGGGAAAGAAGGCAAGGGAAAGAAGGCAAGGGAAAGAAGGCAAGGGAAAGAAGGCAAGGGAAAGAAGGCAAGGGAAAGAAGGCAAGGGAAAGAAGGCAAGGGAAAGAAGGCAAGGGAAAGAAGGCAAGGGAAAGAAGGCAAGGGAAAGAAGGCAAGGGAAAGAAGGCAAGGGAAAGAAGGCAAGGGAAAGAAGGCAAGGGAAAGAAGGCAAGGGAAAGAAGGCAAGGGAAAGAAGGCAAGGGAAAGAAGGCAAGGGAAAGAAGGCAAGGGAAAGAAGGCAAGGGAAAGAAGGCAAGGGAAAGAAGGCAAGGGAAAGAAGGCAAGGGAAAGAAGGCAAGGGAAAGAAGGCAAGGGAAAGAAGGCAAGGGAAAGAAGGCAAGGGAAAGAAGGCAAGGGAAAGAAGGCAAGGGAAAGAAGGCAAGGGAAAGAAGGCAAGGGAAAGAAGGCAAGGGAAAGAAGGCAAGGGAAAGAAGGCAAGGGAAAGAAGGCAAGGGAAAGAAGGCAAGGGAAAGAAGGCAAGGGAAAGAAGGCAAGGGAAAGAAGGCAAGGGAAAGAAGGCAAGGGAAAGAAGGCAAGGGAAAGAAGGCAAGGGAAAGAAGGCAAGGGAAAGAAGGCAAGGGAAAGAAGGCAAGGGAAAGAAGGCAAGGGAAAGAAGGCAAGGGAAAGAAGGCAAGGGAAAGAAGGCAAGGGAAAGAAGGCAAGGGAAAGAAGGCAAGGGAAAGAAGGCAAGGGAAAGAAGGCAAGGGAAAGAAGGGAGUGUGGCAGUUCCCUGCUGCAUCCCCAAACAGUGCAGAACCAACAGAGGAUAUGCAAGGAUGGGUGUGCUCGAUAUCACAUGUGUACCAUCUGUUGGGUUCCAUGUGGAGUCAGCAGAGUGUUCAGGUGCACUUCAGCAGUGGCUCGAGGCUGAUCAUGGAUGCGAUGUAG